AUGAUCGUUAACCGAGUAUCUUUUGGGUUGGAGAAUAUGCCCCGUUAUGAAAUUUUGACUAAGUGGAGACUUUCUGAUGUUGUUCUCUGCGUUGUGUUUUUCCUUCUAAACAUCCCGCUGUAUUAUGCAAAGCCUUUUGAAAGACAAUUCUACGUGAAUGAUCCGACACUGGGCCACCCACAUGCCAAACACCAAAGGGUAGACAACGAUGCUUUGUUUUUCUACAGUAUAGCCGUGCCUGUUAUAACUAUAACUUUGUUUACAUUAGUCGUUGCGGACUCUAGGCACAAAUUUUACCUAAUGUACACCUCCCUCUUGGGGCUAAUAUUAUCCUGGCUAACCACCAUUUUGGUGACAGACUACUUAAAGAAUUGGAUCGGCAGACCUAGACCAGACUUCUUGGCACGCUGUAAGCCUCGUGCGGACGCACCCUUGAACGUCUAUGUAACGGCCAAGGAAGUUUGCACCACAAGCAAUAUCUCGCGUUUGAUGGACGGUUUCAGAUCAACUCCUUCAGGCCAUUCAAGUGAAAGCUUUGCAGGACUUGGCUACUUGUAUUUGUGGCUGUGCGGACAACUGUUAACUGAAAAUCCUAGAGUAGGGGCAUGGAGAAAGUGCGUCGCUGGCCUGCCAUUGCUGGGUGCUGCAACUAUUGCACUUUCCAGGACAGAAGACUACAGACAUCAUUUCGUUGACGUGGUUUUGGGUAGCGCCUUGGGGAUGCUUAUAGCCUACUGGGGAUACUCCAGAAUUUUCCCAUCCAUCUCGAGCGCUGUGCCAUUCAAGCCGCUUCUGGACGAUAGCGACGUGACUCUCGAGCCUGCUCAGCAGCCAGACCGUCCUCAAGAUGAAGAGAUGACACCACUGACCGUUAACUAA